GAACGCGCGGUGGAGCUGAGCGGCGGCCGGGGCCGCGCCGCCCGCCAGAGCUUUGUGCAGCGCGGACUCCUGGCGCGGCUGCAGGGCCGAGACGACGACGCCCGCAGGGACUUCGAGAGGGCGGCACGGCUGGGCAGCCCCUUCGCGCGGCGCCAGCUGGUGCUGCUCAACCCCUACGCCGCGCUGUGCAACCGCAUGCUGGCCGACAUGAUGGGGCAGCUGCGCCGCCCCCGCGACAGCCGCUGAGCGCCGCGGACCCGGGACGGGGCCCUGAACCAAUAAAGCCGUCGGGCCUCACCGACUCUGCCUGCUCCUGCGUCCUGCCCGCGCCCGGAGAGAAGGGCACUCGGGGGUACUCUGCGCGGGGGACUCUCGGCGCGGGCUAGGGACCAGCCAGUGGGUGGUGAGCCGCGGCAGCCCACCUGCCGGGGAAAGGCCCGUGGGGCCCGUGGUCGGGCAUCGAUUGGCCCCGCCUGGCGCAGUCCCCGCCCCUGCAGCGGACUGCGGUGCUCAUCAGACCUGAGCAGUUGCUCCGGCGGCGCUCGGGGAGGGAGCCAGGAUGCCCAUGUGUCUGCUGGGUGGUUCUGUGCCUUUGGGCUUUGCCGUUCGUGUCCGUGCCUUCGCCACUGGGGGCUGGUCUACAUUUGCGUUUCCGUACAUGGUCCUUUUUGUUUCUGGAGAGUAAAUUCCUGGAGCAAUUGCUAAGCCUGCCUGCUGUCACCUGGCUGACAGGGAGGCCCGCCCCCUUCUCUCAGCAGCCUGGGGCCCAGGCCCGGGCCACCAUGGCGCUGCCUUCGGGCCCAGCCGCCCUCCGGCACACACUGCUGCUCCUGCCAGCCCUUCUGAGCUCAGGUUGUGGGGAGUUGGAGCCACAAAUAGAUGGUCAGACCUGGGCUGAGCGGGCACUUCGGGAGAAUGAACGCCACGCCUUCACCUGCCGGGUGGCAGGGGGGCCUGGCACCCCCAGAUUGGCCUGGUAUCUGGAUGGACAGCUGCAGGAGGCCAGCACCUCAAGACUGCUGAGCGUGGGAGGGGAGGCCUUCUCUGGAGGCACCAGCACCUUCACAGUCACUGCCCAUCGGGCUCAGCAUGAGCUCAACUGCUCCCUGCAGGACCCCAGCAGUGGCCGAUCAGCCAACGCCUCUGUCAUCCUCAAUGUGCAAUUCAAGCCAGAGAUUGCCCAAGUCGGUGCCAAGUACCAGGAAGCUCAGGGCCCAGGCCUCCUGGUUGUCCUGUUUGCCCUGGUGCGUGCCAACCCGCCUGCCAAUGUCACCUGGAUCGACCAGGAUGGGCCAGUGACUGUCAACACCUCUGACUUCCUGGUGCUGGAUGCGCAGAACUACCCCUGGCUCACCAACCAUACGGUGCAGCUGCAGCUCCGCAGCCUGGCACACAAUCUCUCGGUGGUGGCCACCAAUGACGUGGGUGUCACCAGUGCCUCGCUUCCAGCCCCAGGGCUUCUGGCUACCCGGGUGGAAGUGCCACUGCUGGGCAUUGUUGUGGCUGCUGGGCUUGCCCUGGGCACCCUCGUGGGGUUCAGCACCUUGGUGGCCUGCCUGGUCUGCAGAAAAGAGAAGAAAACCAAAGGCCCCUCCCGGCGCCCAUCUCUGAUAUCAAGUGACUCCAACAACCUAAAACUCAACAACGUGCGCCUGCCACGGGAGAACAUGUCCCUACCGUCCAACCUUCAGCUCAAUGACCUCACUCCAGAUUCCAGAGUGAAACCAGCAGACCGGCAGAUGGCUCAGAACAACAGCCGGCCAGAGCUUCUGGACCCGGAGCCCGGCGGCCUCCUCACCAGCCGAGGUUUCAUCCGCCUCCCAAUGCUGGGCUAUAUCUAUCGAGUGUCCAGCGUGAGCAGUGAUGAGAUCUGGCUCUGAGCUGAGGGCGAGACAGGAGUAUUCUCUUGGCCUCUGGACACCCUCCCAUUCCUCCAAGGCAUCCUCUGCCUAGCUACAUCACCAACGCGAAGAAGUUAUGCCACUGCCAGUUUUGCUUGCCCUCCUGGCUGGGGUGCCCUCUAUGUCAUGCACAUGAUGCAUUUCACUGGGCUGUAACCCGCAGGGGCACAGGUAUCUUUGGCAAGGCUACCAGUUGGACCUAAGCCCCUCAUGCUGACUCAGGGUGGGCCCUGCAUGCGAUGACUAGGCCCUUCCAGAGGGAGCUCUUUGGCCAGGGGUGUUCAGAUGUCAUCCAGCAUCCAAGUGUGGCAUGGCCUGCUGUAUGCCCCACCCCAGUACUCCACAGCACCUUGUACAGUAGGCAUGGGGGCGUGCCUGUGUGGGGGACAGGGAGGGCCCUGCAUGGAUUUUCCUCCUUCCUAUGCUAUGUAGCCUUGUUCCCUCAGGUAAAAUUUAGGACCCUGCUAGCUGUGUAGAACCAAAUUGCCCUUUGCACAGGAACCAACCCCUGACCCAGGGGUACUGGCCAAGCACAAACUAGUCCUUUUUGCUACACACCUCUCUGCCCUUCACUUCUUCCCUUCUGUCCCCACCUCCUCUUGGGAAUUCUAGGUUACAUGUUGGACCUUCUCUACUACUUCACUGGGCACUAGACUUUUCUAUUGGCCUGUGCCAUCACCCAGUAUUAGUACAAGUCAGGGAGGAAGAGGCAGGCGAUGAGUCUAGUAGCACCCAGGACGGCUUGUAGCUAUGCAUCAUUUUCCUACGGUGUUAGCACUUUAAGCACAUCCCCUAGGGGAGGGGGUGAGUGAGGGGCCCAGAGCCCUCUUUGUGGCCUCCCCAAGUUUGGCCUUCUGUGAUUCACUGUGAGUGUCCUGAGCUCUCGGGGUUGAUGGUUUUCCUCUCAGCAUGUCUCCUCCACCACGGGACCCCAGCCCUGACCAACCCAUGGUUGCUUCAUGAGCAGGAAGGUGCCCUUCCCGGAGGAUGGUCACCACAGGUACAUAAUUCAACAGUGUGGAAGCUUUAGGGGCACAUGGAGAAAGGAGGAGACCACAUACCCCAAAAGAACCUAAGAACGCUUUAAAAAGCAACAUGUAAAUGAUUGGAAAUUAAUAUAGUACAGAAUAUAUUUUUCCCUUGUUGAGAUCUUCUUUUGUAAUGUUUUUCAUGUUACUGCCUAGGACAGUGCUGAGCACACAGUAAGUUUAAUAAACUUGACUGAGUUAAUUUACA